AUGAUGGAUCUUGAUCCUAUGAUAAAUAUUUCACAAAAUGAAAAUAAUUAUUCAGAUUAUGAUGAUCGACCCAUUCGUCCAAUGGAUCAAGAUGCUCUUAAUGAAGCACUUGCUCGUUUACCGAUUCUUGUUGAUGAAGAUGAUUUAACGAAGAGUUCAGAUCCGAAUACAAGUAUCAAAGCACGACGGCAACCCAUCCUUGCAUAUUCAACAAGACGAAAAAAUUUUUCCGGUUUUAGUGUUAAUGAAUCAGUAUUGAAUGUUACCGAAACACCGAUAAAUAAUAAACGUAAAUUAGGUGGAUGUACACCAAUGAAUAAACUUAUUAAACAAAUCGAUGCUCGUCAAGAUUUAAUGCACCUGAAAGAAGAAAAUAAAAUUCUAGAAGAAGCUAAAAUUAAUUUACAACUUGAAUAUACUUUACUACAGAAAACACACGAAACUCAAUUGGAAAUAUUAAAACAAGAUCAUCAACAACAAAUUGAAACACUUAUACAAGAACAUAAUUCACAGCUUGAACAAUUCAAUACAUUGCUGAUCGUUAAAGAACAAUUACUCGCUCAAACUAAUUUAGAACUUGAUAAUAUUCGAAACAAUCAUACAUUGUUAUUAUUAGAAAAAGAUACACUUGAUAAAAUUGUUGCUGAAUAUCAAUUCAUAAAAGAUGAAAUGAAUAAUAAAUCAAUUGAAGACGAAACCACUAUAAAAAAACUACGCGAAGAAAUUGACAACAUAACAAGUAUUCAACAACAGAAACAAUCAACAUUGAAAUCUUCUCUAGCUAUGGGUCGCAUGCCAAUAAAAGAAAUAACAACUGAUCGAUCACGAACUACUAAUAAUACUAAUUCGAUAAAUACAAAGAAUGAAGCCAGCCGAUCGAAAUCAAAUAAUAAAACUUCAAGUGCACGAGCAUUAGUAUGCUCAACACCAUCUGUCAAUACAAAUUUGAAUAAACCCGUUCCAACGGCCAAUAAACCGCCUUUAUCAAAACCUAAACUAACUGCUAUUCUUGCCGAUAAAAAGAAAUUAACAUCGACAGAUAAGCACAAAAGUUUAGCGUCUACACAUCUUAAACCGAAAAUAGUCGCUGUGAAAUAA